AUGGACCAAUCAUCUUCCACCUGCGCUCUCAAUGGAAAUAUCCUCACGCAGCCACAUUGCUUUCCAGCUCUAUACAAUUUCAACAUUUCGUAUAUUUUAGCAAAACGACACUAAAUAGUAGGACAAUUCAGAAAGGAGAAUCUAUCGUAUCUGAGCGGCUUCAAACUAAAGCGGUAAGUAAAGUUAAGCCAACGUAGCGUAACGUUUUGUGUAGCUAGCGUUAGCAGCAUGGCUAACAGCUGAAGUGGGCUCGGUCUAUUUGCUGGAUAGAAAUGAACUGGAACAAAUAUUGAUGUACAGGCGUUCAAGCCGUGAGCUAAAGUGGUUAAAAACAUAUAAAGUAGGCUGACUUUUAUCCUAACUCUCGAUAGAGAAUGUUAUAAAGCAUGAAUGUUUGCAAUCCGCUGCAAGGACACAGUGAAGCUAGUUAGCUACUUCCUCUACCAGUGUCAUUGAGUCAGGCUAACAACAGUCUUCAUGCUAUCUGAUCCCACUGUUGUCACACUAAACUGACGGACCACAUCAAACCAGGACCUGGUCCAAAAUACCAAUACCCGGAUCUGGACUAGAUCUUAUCAGAGAGGCUACAGUCUCUUGAAUAUACAGUUUCAGAUAUGUUAAAUUAUUUUAUUGUGAAAUUCAAUGUAGAUAGUGAUUUUAGUAUUGUGGUUCAGGAUCAGGACUUUGUUUAUUUUGGUCCUGGCAGUAAAAAACCACCUCAACCAAAACGCCACUCUAUAGCCACAAAUAAUGUUCAGAACAGCACCUAACUUCAUCAACAGUACAUAUAGGGUCCUAGUCACAGUACCACCCACCAAACAUCUUUUUAACUUUGCCUAAGAGACUAAACACAACUCACCCACUCUCUUCCAGUAGCUGCUUGUUUGUAGGGAGACCUCAGACCAGUCCAUUACAGACUACAGCGGGGUGACGCAGCUCAAGGAAGAACAUUCAUGAGCAUUUCUUUAUCUUUUUCUUGAAGUAAUAAUCACCAUAUUAAUCAUUUUGCACUGCAGAUGUAGUAGUUCUUUGCCUUAGCGUCUUGGUCUGAUUGCAUUUCCAUAAAUGAUCAUAAAUGUUCUUCCUUGAGCUGCGUCACCCCGCUGUAGUCCGUAAUGGACUGGCCCGAGGUCUUGCUACAAACAAGCGGCCUCUGGAAGAGAGUAAGUGUGUUGUGUUUCUAAAGUUGGUAUAACUAGAGAAGCAAGCAGUCGGCAACAUUCAUCUCUCGAGAGGGUGUCUAACUUGGUGUUACAUGUUUUUGACCCUUAAUUAAUUUUACGCCGGAAUAUUCCCUUAAGUCCUCAGAGUCAACUUGCAGCGUGACAUAUGCUUUAGACUUGAUUAUAGUUGCCCACAUGCCAAAAUUUCUUUGGGCAAGACACUCAGACUCAAAACUGCUCCCGCUGUAUUCGCCAGUAUGUGUGAAUGGGAUUAGUUACUACUGAUAGGUGCUUUAUGUAUCAGUCCUUGCCAUAGCACACUAUAGAUACAGUCCAUUACCAUCUACCUCUCCUUGCAGAUGACGGGCUCAAACGAGUACAAACUGAACCAGGGUCCAGAGGACAGCAUCUCUGCCGUCAAGUUCAGCCCCAGCACAACCCAGUUCUUAUUGGUUUCUUCCUGGGACUGCACCGUCCGUCUCUAUGAUGUCGCGAGCAACACCAUGCGGAUGAAAUACCAGCACACAGCUCCAGUUCUUGACUGUGCUUUUUAUGUAGGUCACAGUUUCUUCUUUAUCAUAAUUUGUGUUUUUACACAGCAUAAUCAAAUGCUAUCAAAUCUGAUAAUAAAUUCCCUUCUUGCUCUCAGGACCCAACACAUUCAUGGAGUGGAGGUUUAGAUGCACAAUUAAAAACACAUGAUUUGAACACAGAUCAAGGUAUGUACUGACAUGGUUAGUAGUUUAAACAUAGUAUGAACCAACCCAGUGGACUGUGUUUGUGAAUGUGUUUAUUUUAACUGUUGUUUGAUACCACACUCAAACAGACACAAUAGUGGGAACACACGAUGCCCCCAUUCGCUGUGUGGAGUAUUGCCCUGAGGUUAACGUCAUGGUGACGGGCAGCUGGGACAGAUCAGUUCGGCUGUGGGACCCAAGGACGCCCUGCAAUGCUGGCACCUUCACUCAGCCUGAAAAGGUAAAUUAAAUUAGACAAAGCAGGGCUUGACACAAACUUUUUUCACAAGGAUCACAUAUGCUCUUUAGUUGUAAAAGUAAGAAGCAAACAAAGAUAUAAUAUUCCCUGUUGUGGAGAAUGAGAAGACAUUGGUAGAUCCUCAGUGAAUGUACGUCGAAUAUACAACCUAAAACUAACUUCGCCACGGUAUUUACAUAAAAAACAAAUGCAAGUGAAACUGUCGCACUGUCAAGCCCUGCGAAGUUAAAUAUUGUUUAAAAAAUUGUGUUACAUCAGCGUGAUUUGUUUGUUGUCUUCCUUUUGUCCGACAUUCAUUGUGUGUAUUUCUUUUCUUUUGCUAAAAGGUGUACACGCUGUCCGUGGCUGGAGAUAGGCUGAUCGUCGGCACGGCUGGAAGACGAGUGCUGGUGUGGGAUCUGAGAAAUAUGGGCUACGUCCAGCAAAGACGGGAGUCCAGUCUCAAGUAUCAGACUCGCUGCAUUCGAGCUUUCCCCAACAAACAGGUACGCUUUGGAUUGGAAUUUACCCUAACCGGAAUCACUAUCACACUUAAGUGUCUGCACUUCUGCUGACAGACGGAGACAACUGUGCUACCUUGACACAUAACUGACACCUAAUAGAGCCUCAUGUUACAGAUAAUGUGAAGAAGCUAGAUGGUAACUUCUUCUUUUCUGACUUGGCUCCAGGGCUACGUCUUGAGUUCAAUUGAGGGACGUGUUGCUGUGGAGUACCUGGACCCGAGCCAGGAGGUUCAGAAGAAGAAGUACGCCUUUAAGUGCCACCGGCUGAAGGAGGAAGGAAUCGAGCAUGUUUACCCUGUCAAUGCCAUCUCCUUUCACAGUGUUCAUAACACCUUUGCCACAGGUACAACUGCCUGACUAGUUAGUACUUGACACAUACCGAUUAAUAGGGGGGGGGAAAUCCGAUUACUGAUUAAUCGGCAGAUUUUUACAGUAUACUAUAUACUGUAGGCUACUGCAGUAGAAAAGCGUUUUCAAUUAAAAAAAAAGAAAAUAUCGGCGAAAAUCGGCGAGUUUUGGCCGAUUACCCAUUAGUCUCAAACGGGCUAAAAUUGGUGGGGCCCUAGUAUUGAGCUGUAAAGGUUAAAGAGAACUCAGAGUUAUAGAUCCAAAUCUAAACACGGUCUGAAUCUUUAGAUGUUGACCUCUGCCUUCUCCUUCGAACAGGUGGCUCAGACGGCUUCGUGAACAUCUGGGAUCCGUUCAACAAAAAGCGCUUGUGUCAGUUCCACCGAUACCCGACCAGCAUCGCCUCCCUGGCCUUUAACAACGACGGCACCAUGCUCGCCAUCGCCUCCUCCUACAUGCACGAGAAGGGAGACAUCAGCCACCCCGAAGACGCCAUCUUCAUCCGCCAAGUCACAGAUGCCGAGACCAAACCCAAGUGAGUCUCCCUCACCUCUUGUCCUUGGUUUAAUGACAGUUUGGUCUUCACUGAUUCAGCGAGCAGCCGCAUUAACAAGGAGCAUGUCCAGCUGUAGCAUAUGCUGAUCUCUAUCUCUGUCCGUCCACUUUUCAAUAUCCGACAGUUGAAAGAUCGGCAGAUAAAAGAUUGAAAAUCCCUCUCCCAUAUUUGCUGUGGUAAAUAUACACUCAGUGACCAGACGAAUAGAAACCUGCCGACACUGUAAUGCAAUCUGUCACAAUAGCUCUGUUGUAAACACCACCUUUUUGAAACUGGGGACAGCUAGGGGGUCGUUUUAGGUUGUUUGUGUAUUUUUUACAGACAACUAUUAUUUCACAAAGAAAUUGAGAAGUCUGGACGUGGAAUUUUGUUGAAAAAUAUCAGGAAACAUAAAUAUCUGCAGUGGUGUGAGUACUAUGGUACCAUACUUUCCUUUAUCAAACCAAAGUCAACUAUUUCUGCAGAUGAGCAAAACGUAGUCCUAUAUCGUGUUGGAAGACGAUCACAGUUGCCUCAUAAACAUCUGAAUAAACUCAAGGAAGCGUUAUUUCCUCGCAGUGAUUUAUCAUUUUCACUUUGCUUUAAUAUUAUCAGAGGGGUGGGUUGUUUGCUCGGACUGUGCUGAACCUCUGACAAAAAUAACUCUGAGUCAGUUUUCAGUGUGUGAGACUUUUGCACCUCCACUGGUUUAGUGAUUUCUCUCACUUUUAUUUCAUGUGUUCCUCUCUGUCUUUGGUCUGUAGGUCCACCUAAGCCCGCCUCGGAUCGGUUCUUGAGUGCUUGUGAAACCUUCGUGACAUUUCGGUUAUCUGCUGGCAUCCAGUGCACCUUUACAAUGUGGUUUUAUGACAUCUCUUUGUAUUCCAAGGCUUAAGUUUUUCUUCUUCUUCGUAACACUUGUUGAGAUCUUUCCUCAUUUUUGCUCUUUUUGAAUAUUUUUGCUGUUUUGUGUUUGUUGUGACAACCACCUGGUAUCUUUCUUGACUAAAAUUGAUUUUAUAUUCAACUUUGGACACUUGUGCUUGGUUCUUUUGGAGAUGUGACAUGAACUGUUUUGUAGCAUUUUUAAUGACUUGAAACAUAGAGUUACUGAAGGAUAGUUUGAUCACUGGAAUAUCUCAACAAUAUGCUGCAAAUCACAACCUGGUAGCUGGUUUAAAAGUCUUAUUUUUACUUUAGGGAGGUUGAGAAUUUUAGAUGGUACUUUUAGGCAUGUGUAAAUACUCUAUUAAACCCUACAUCAUCCCCUUAGUACUACGCAUUUAUCCUGUUUGUGAAUUUUCUCGUCCGUAUGAGCAUUUUCAGCAGCAUUCGUUCAGAGAAGAACCGGGGAAAUGGAAGUUCAAGGUAAUUUAGCUUCAAGAUGAGAAAUACAGAGAAUUGGACAACAGAGUCAAACAAAGUUUCAAGAAAACCUGCAAGAUGUACGAAAGAAAAACCCCAUUUGAACUUGGAAUACAGCCGUUAGAUACCCCACUCUUUAGUGUUCAAUUUGUUAUGAAUGAAUCUUAACUUCUAAAAGAGUGCAGCAUCCCUUAUCAAAAAGAUCCUAAACUCUGACCCACAGCAUUAGCCCAGUUCUUACUCUACCUUGUGUGACAUGUACAACCUUUAUGAGCAGAACCUGAGAAAUGUGAAGAAUGUGUCGGGGCAGAAGAGGCCAGUCUGUUGAUGAUGUGUUGAGGGAAAGCGAUGAGCCUCUCUUCUUGCCCAGGGCUCCACUUGCCCCCAGCCACUGACCUGUGCUGAUAGAUAUCAGAGAAGAAAACCAGUAAACUGGAUGAACUUGGCUAAACAACACAAAGAUAAAAUCAGGUUAAUUUCUGGAUUUUUCCCAAAUUUUACUGGGACAUACUCGGUCGAGUUCCCGAAGUAGUAAAUCGAGAGAGUGUGUGUUUUCAAAUCAACGUUUAAGAUGAAAUAUAGCAGUUUUUUUUUCUUGGUAAAUACUUUUUAUUGCUGAAUUUCAUUGUUUUCUGUGAGUUGUGACACUGCUGACAGAGUCAGAUGCAGCCCAGACCUGAACUCGGUCUUCAGCUUUCUAUGAAUGGGAAUAGUGAAUGCAAAACAGUGCCCUGCAAAGUCUAAGUGGAGUCUUUUUCCCCUCAGUCCAGAUUUUCAAUUGCAACUAAUGCAAUUUCUGAAGCCCUUCAGCCAAAGCAGCACAGAAGAUAUAGAUGUCAAUUAUUCUAUUUAAGAGCUCCAAUUUUUUCUAAUGGCUCUAUCUGCCUCUGUGGUAUCCUGGAAAUGAUUAGUUCGCAUUGGUUAAAUGAUGUAACUAAUUCCCAUGAUUGUCGAUAAUGAGUCCUCCUUUGACGUUGGAUUAUGACUGCAGCUUAAUAUGAAAUGGCAUUCAUUUUAGGACAUAAUUACUGCCCGUGCGGCAGACAGAGGAUGGCUGGGGGGUUCGUUGUUGGGGCUGCAGUGAAUUACCUUGUUUCCUGUCAUCUUUGGCUUCCGCUAAAUUGAAAAAUUGAGUUCUUUGAGUGUGCAUUAAAACUGUUAAGGUUGUCUUGUCUGGAUUGAAUAGCUAUUUUCAAGGGGGAAAACAAUUUAGCUGUCUUUUUACCCAGUGCAUCAAAGUAAUUUCUUCAUUUCCCAACUUUAGCACACAGUCGGCAAAUGUAGAACCUCGAAGGGUUUACCACAGCGCAAUCUCUCAGAUAGCAGUAGAUGAAUCUGUUGCAUUAUCUAUCAGCAUCUUCUCCACAGAGCUGUCUCCUGGGUUUUUCUGUGCCUCCAGCCCAGUUAACCACAGAUGUGGUCGUGUAGCUCGGCUCUGGUUUCAAAUCGCUCAAGUGUUGCAGACACUUUGGCUCUACAUGAAACCGUUACAUGACAAUUAAAAAGGGUGAUUGUGCUCCAACAGCCUGUCAUGUGCAUUUAACCCAACCACAAAAAGGCUCUUAUGUUUACUCAGGAGGGCACAGAUGACCUUCAAGCAGAUACUUUAUCUCUCAGGACCUGUUCUAAUAUUAUAUCGAGCUGAUGAAACAAUCCUUUGUGAGCCCGGCAGAAAUGGGGAAAUCACGUGAUCCAUUAGGGAAAAAAACGAAGAUAUAUGUUAUGGUUUUCUGCUGUUUCACUGACACAUUCUACAGACCAAAGCAACAACAUGUUUAAGACCAACAUAAAAACAAAGAUGAAUAUGAGUGUGCUUGUUUAAUAAGCUGAGGAAGAAAAACUUGCUUCUUUUACACUCCUGUAUACCUGCUGAUUAAAGUCCCUAUGAGGAGUUAUUGGAUGAAAUUAACCAUAAUGCGUCAUUAUGCUCUGUUAAGGCAAUAUACAUAAUAUGGUCUGACUGACAAUUUUUACAGUGAUUUAUUUUACACCCGGAGGAAGUUUCAGCCGAGAAGAUGCACUGCACCCUUCUUUAUUUCAUCCACAAAGAGUGAUGUAGACGAUUAUUAAGUUAGUUUUGAUGUAUGUAAAUGCUCCUGUGAGGCAAAUGUCAGAUAGAGAGACCAGCAGAUACUACCAGUGAUGUAUUUGACUGAUGUACCCAACACAAUCUGCAAAGGUGAAAGGUUCUCUUGCACAUACUUGUUUCAUAACCUCUGGCACUGUUACCAUGUCUGUAUGUGUUGUUGUUGUUGUUGUUGUUGUCGUUGUUGUUGUUGUUGUUGUCGCUCUAUCUAUCCCUCUAUCUCCUCUCUAAGUCCAAUGAAGUGGCAGCAGAUGACUUUCUAACAUGUAUCUGGUUCUGCCCAAGUAUUCUGCCUGUUUAAGGAAGUUUUUCUGAUCUGAAAAGUUAUCGUUGUCAUCGUCAUCUGUAUCUACCUAUCUCCUCUCUAAGCUCAAGGUUUCUUCCUGUUUAAGGAAAUUUUUCUGAUCUAAAAAAUAUACGUCGUCAACCUGUAUCUUCCUCUAUCUCCUCUCUAAGCCCAAUGCAGUAGCGGCAGAUGACUUUCUAACAUGAAUCUCAUUCUGCUCAAGGUUUCUGCCUGUUUAAGGAAGUUUUUCUGAUCUGAGGGGACAAGGCUUAAGCUUAUCCCAUCAUUCAUGUUAGGUCUUAAUAUCAUGAAGUCUAAGGUCUAGACCAGUCCUUUUUGUUAAGUGUCUGUUAAACUUUUGUUGUGAAUUGGUGUCAUAUAGAUAAAGAUUGAUUGAUCAGAAUUUGUCAGGCUUAUAGCUUCUGUCUUCAUGAUAAAUCAUCAGUUCUGCACUUGUUAGCUUGUUGAAAUAAAAUCUUUAGGCCUUGAUGCUCUCCUUAAGAUACUAGUUUAAUGAUAGGGUGAAAUAUUCCCUCAUGACUCUAUGAGCUGUUUUUGUUUUUUGAUUCCUUUGCCCUACGCUUAAAAAGUUAUGUUCCACUUUUACUCAGUUUUGCACUUCAAGUCUGUAGAUCCUGGUCUGCUCCUGUGUAGAUUUGGAGUCCUGUUGCCUCUACAUCCCAGCUGGGGAUGAAACCUAAUCUUUUCAUACGAACAUGUCCACAGUCUGCCACAGCACCACCCUCAGAGCCAUGCCUGCUCCAGCUGGAGAGGCUUUUAAAGAGCUUUAGUGGGCAAGACAACACCUCCUCCAGAGCACUGGUGUUACAUUUGAGCAUAAUUAGACGCUUAAGCUCAAGGCCAUGUAACCUACUGCUAGGUUUCACACUCGCAACCAUCCAUCUCUGUACAGGUCGGGCGGGCAGGAAGGCAGCAUGGGGCCAACUGUGGGGACCGGGAUGCUCACCUGGGAGCGGAGCUGUAGUAAAUCAAACCUCUCUAGGCCUGACAGGAGGGUUACUGAUUUUUGGGCUCCAGGUCUCAGUUUGGCUCAAAGGCUUUGUGCUGCAGAUUAAUCAUGUUAUAAUGAGUGGCACUGCUGUUUUAGAGCCAGGACUACAAAACUAUUAAACCUGACUGAAUUCAUCACUGUUGUCAGAGGAUAUUAAUGGAAGAUUAUAUGGGAGUGUACUAAGGUGUGAUUACAGGAUUCAACUAUAAAAACACAGUUACCUCAUACCUUAUAAGAUAACUUUCUAUCAUUUGAGCUUCAAGUCAUUUUAUUAAAAAGUUAGAAAAUUCUACUUCUUAUCACUUUGCUGAUCUUGUAGGUAGCAGGGUAUCAUGUGUCAAAGAUUUUGAAUAUUUUCUGUAAAAAUAUAUAUAAAAAAAAGCAGUUGUGUUGACAGUCAUCAAGUUGGAUACCCCCACCCCCUGGCCCCCCAAGCAAUUUCAGGCAUUAAAAAUCAAAAUAUUAAAAUGAUUUAUCUUGUCACAAGUGGUCUGGAUUGCGUUUUUAUGAUAUGAUGAUGCAUCAGUUUCAAUUUCAAUCAUUUUCACAACCAGUUAAAAGUCAUCACGUAAAAGCUUUAAAGUUAAAUCUGCAUAACAAACAGAUAUUAGGAGAAUCAAUCCAUUAUGUGAUGAGAACAAGUUCAUGACAAAAUCAAAGUUUAAGAUACUAAAUACCAAAUACUAAAUACCAAAUACAAAUAAUAAAUAAAAUAAAUGAUACAAAUACCAAAAUACUAAAUUAAUGACUGUUCUUUCAACAGGAUGACUUUAAUCUUGAAACGACUUUAUUUUCAUGAUACAAUGACUUCACUACAACUUUGUUCUCUAAAGAAAAUGAUUUAACCAUGACUUAAUUCCAGCAGAAAAGUUACUUUAAUAAAUCGCCAAAAAACACAAUUUUGUUUUCUAUUUCAUAAACAUAUAUAUAUAUAUAUAUAUAUAUAAACCUUACUGGAUCUUUAAAUUGACCCUUACACUUACUUGAACAUAAUUAACAUUAAACAAGCUGAACAAGCAGUUACAAGUCUGACAUUAUGGUAAGUUAACACAGCAAAAGAUAUAUAAUGUAUAUUAAUUCCUCAAUGAAAAGGAGGGGAACUAUUUAACUCAGCCUUCAUGCCACCUGUCAGAUUGAUGAAUGUGUGUUUAAGGGCAGUUGGUGCAUUAGGGUCAUGUUUGAAAAUGUAUCGCCAAAGGGCGCGUAGAGCUGCAACAGACUGAAGGCGACAACAGAGAAAUAUGAAGUAAGGAAAAUUGUAAGGAAAUAUCUAGACACUAACAGAAUGAUAUAUCUUGGAUUGAGUUAUACAGAUCUCGUUCAAA